AUUUCAGACAAACCAAGCUUGACUACCCUUCCUUCGGAUCGAACUGUCUUAGAGGGUAACACGGCAACAUUCCACUGCGAGGCCACUGGAAAUCCAGCACCAAAGAUAACAUGGAUGAAAGAUGGGAAAACUGUGUCUCAAAAACAAACAUUAAAUAUUGAAACCCACAGAAAUGAUUCUGGAAAGUACUGGUGUCUAGCAGAGAACGGAUUAAAUUCCACUGUUAAUGCUAGUGCUAUGCUUGAUGUUCAAUGUAAGAAAUGACUCUUAAUAUUUUCAAUGAAAGUCAGAAUAAGAGAGUUAAUUAACGGGUUCUAUAGUCUCUACACACAUCAUUCAGGCCUCAUACCAACAGGUAAGAUUUAAAAGUCUUGUAACCACGAUCGUCGUCCAAUAUUCGAGCGACUGCCAAAAAUCCAAACCCAAAGUAGUUGUAACGACCAAUAAAAUGUCUGCAAAAUAUCACAAGAAGAAAAUUAAAAAACCCAAAAUUAAAACACGUAAUUGGCUUCAGUCGUGGCGAAAGUACAAGUGACGUACUCGAAAUUGGUUUCAUCUUUUUGGCUUAGAGCUCAACAAGUUUUCUUGAAUAGUCCAAUGUGAGAUAAAAAGAACCAUACACACUAAGAAAAAAUUGGUCAAGCCGAUCCCCGCUCACUCAAAAAAAGGAGAAAGGAUAAGAAAAAAAUCCCAAAUAGAGACUAAAAGAUCACCUCGACUUAGCGGCUUGCUAGCGAUCCGGGGAUUGAUUUAACUGUGACAAUGAUUUCCACAGUACACCAUGCAGACCACAGUACACCAGGCAGACCUACGAAAAUUGACAAUUUGCUUUUCUUGUAGUUCCGCCAAGUUUAAAAACCACUCCAAUCAACCAGACUGUCAUGGAGGGCGCCUCGGCAACAUUUUACUGCACCGCCACCGGAAACCCAGCUCCAGAGAUAACAUGGACAGUAGAUGGGAUGAAGGUUGGAUCCGGAGAUACGCUGAGCUUUGAAACUAAUAGGAAUCACACUGGGAAAUACUGGUGCUCAGUGGAGAAUGGAUUAGAUGUUGUCAACGCCAGUGCUGAUCUCGAUGUUUUGUGUAAGUAAAUUGCUAAACUAUGAAGAAAAUCACGAAUAAAGCUCCUGAGACUUUUGGUAAGAACAGAAAAACUGCCCGAGAAAGACAUGGACGUUUGCAUCUAAUUGGUUCAGAAGGUGCUGCGUGUUUCCUGGUCCAAUCGCAAAGUAAAGUAAUGUAAAACCAGUACAAUCCAGGAUAACCUUUGAGUUUCAAUCAAGCAUUGUUUUAGGCUCAUGGUAAAGAAGGCCAAUUACACAUUGGCUACAUAGUACUUACCUUUAAUUAUACCUUUUUCGGUCCAGAUAAACCAAGUUUGAUCACUAAUCCGACAAACCAGACCGUCCUGGAGGGUACCUCAGCGACAUUCCGCUGUGUGGCUGAUGGAAAUCCAAUCCCACAAAUAACAUGGAAGAAAGAUGGGAAGACUGUGUCCCAAGGAGACACACUGAACUUUGAAACAAACAGAACUCAAUCUGGCGAAUAUUUUUGUUUGGCAGAGAAUGGUUUAAAUUCUACUGCGAGCGCCAGCGCACAUCUAGAUGUUCAAUGUAAGUAG